GAAAGAGGAAGAAGAAACCACCGUCGGGGACGCCACGCGAGCGUUCGUGUGCCCGGCACGGCUCGUCGCCGAAGCCGCCGUUUCUCGGGACCCUUCCAAAAUCCGUGCUAACGGUUCUGGUGCAUCUAACCAGCCCACACCUCGGCACGCUGGCCACCAGCCCUCCGUAGAAGCGCCGUCCCGAACGUGGGCCCAUCCGCAUGAAGGGAGUCGACGGGAUUCUUCUCCGUGUCCACGACACCGGACGGCUUGAGUGACGUGGACUACUUCGCCGGUACCGUGCCGCCGAAGAAACGUGAGCCACGCCAAGACUCGUCUUUUCUCUCUUCGCAUAUAUCUUCGUAAGGGUAAUUUCGAACAGGCUGCAGACAUGUUCGACUGCUGUUACCGUGGCCUGAAGGGCAGGGAAUCUUCGGACAAUGUGGUCCAGAAGCGCACCUUUCUAAUGAAGAACACUGGUACGAAGCCGUCCAUCGGACCGCUCUCCGUCGCUACGGUAGACCACCCGACACACGAAGACAGCGAGGAAAAACGUCAGCGGAACUUUGUGAUUCGGGCAAUGCGACCUGAGGAGUUAGAAGCGGCCUACAAUAUUCGUCUCCAGACAAAUUACGUGUUCUCCAAGAACACCAUCCAGACAUCGUGGAAGUUGCAGCCGGAUAGCUUCCUGGUUGCCGUCAGCGACGACGGUGAAGUGUACGGCACCAUCUCGAUGGUCAAGUUCAGCGAAGACGUGAUGUUCCUGGGCCUGCUGGUCGUGCGGGAGGACCUGCGCAACAGGCGCAUCGGUACCGAGCUCCUCAAGGCGGGUUUAGAGAAGGCGGGCAACAAGAACAAGUUCAUGCGCUGCAUCCUGCCGCUGGAGCCCUUGUUCAACCGCAUGAACUUGUUCAUGAAGCGCUCGCCCGUGCUGCUGGGGCGCAACGAGCCAGCCAAGGUGGACGAGGCCAAGCUGAUCGUAGUGGAUACGCGUGGUGUGACCGUCAAGCCUUACGACCCCGCCAUUUGGGACAGGCUGCGAAAGUACGACGAGGACCUGAUGACCGUGGACCGGUCGAAGCUGCUGCAGGCCUUCAUCGACGAGGAAGGCACGACCACCGACGUGGCCCUGCGAGAGGACGGCUCCGUGGCCGGCUACAGUGUCGUGCAGCUCAUGACCGACGGCUCGUGGUACUUCUACAUGCUGGCCGCCGACACGAACGACGUGGCGCGCAUGCUCAUCAGCAACUUCGUGCACGGCUGCCCGACGGCCAAGGACACGGGCGUCGUGCUGGUCAGCCCGCUCUGGCCCACCGAGGAGGAGUCCUUCAUCGUGCGUGCCCUCGGCUGGAGCGUCACCAAACGCUCCGUCUGCCGCUUCAGCGACCACGAGCUCAAGUUCGACUACAGCAGGAUAUUUUCCAUGUAGACAUUCGUAAAGUGGGGCCCACGCUGCCUCGUUCUAGCAGACGCCGUGCAAGUGCUGAAAAUUAAAAAAAAAAAAUUAAAAAGUUGUAAGAAGUCCCCACGCAGGGGCAUGUGUGUUGCACAGGGGAUCGGUAGCCUUAUUUGGCCCUGAAUCCGACACAUUUUCAAUCGAAAUGGCUACUGCUCCAUGAUGGUCACUAGGUCCCAUUGAUUCGAUGCGACAACACUGUUACAAAAUUGGGGCUUUUCAUGGGACUUGCACCAUGUAACCUACUAACCUCAUGCUUUGGAAUAAAGGAAACGGCAGCUUCGUUGCCAUUCUAUAUUCUUUC